AUGGCAUCAGAACUGGCAAUGAGCAGCUCCGACCUGCCCACCAGUCCCCUGGCCAUGGAAUAUGUUAAUGACUUCGAUCUGAUGAAGUUUGAAGUGAAAAAGGAGCCGGUGGAGACCGAUCGCAUUAUCAGCCAGUGCGGCCGCUUGAUCGCCGGGGGAUCGCUCUCUUCCACCCCGAUGAGCACGCCCUGCAGCUCGGUGCCCCCGUCCCCCAGCUUCUCGGCGCCCAGCCCCGGCUCCGGCACCGACCAGAAGACCCACCUGGAAGACUACUACUGGAUGACGGGCUACCCGCAGCAGCUCAACCCGGAGGCGCUGGGCUUCAGCCCCGAGGACGCGGUGGAGGCGCUGAUCAACAGCAGCCACCACCCGCUGCCCGGCGCCUUCGAUGGCUAUGCUAGAGGGCAGCAGCUGGCCGCGGCCGCCGGCGCCGGCGGCUCCGUGCCGGCCGAGGAGAUGGGCUCGGCGGCCGCCGUGGUGUCGGCGGUGAUCGCCGCGGCGGCGGCGCAGGGCGGCGCGCCCCACUACCACCACCACCACCACCACCCGCACCACGGCGGCGGCGGCGGCGGCGGCGGCGGCGGGCACCCCCACGCCGCGGCGCCGGGCAGCGCGCCGCCCUCCUCCGCCUCCUCGGCCGCCGGCUCCGGCGGCGGCGGCGGCGGCGGCGGCGGCGGCGCCGGGGGGCUGCACCACCCGCACCACGGCGGCGGCGGCGGCGGCGGCGGCCUCCACUUCGACGACCGCUUCUCCGACGAGCAGCUGGUGACCAUGUCGGUGCGGGAGCUCAACCGGCAGCUGCGGGGCGUCAGCAAGGAAGAGGUGAUCCGGCUGAAGCAGAAGAGGAGGACCCUCAAAAACAGGGGCUAUGCCCAGUCCUGCCGCUUCAAGAGGGUCCAGCAGCGGCACGUCCUGGAGUCGGAGAAGAACCAGCUGCUGCAGCAAGUGGAGCACCUAAAGCAGGAGAUCUCCAGGCUGGUCCGGGAGAGGGACGCCUACAAGGAAAAAUACGAGAAGCUGGUCAGCAAUGGCUUCAGAGAAAACGGAUCCAGCAGCGACAACCCCUCCUCUCCAGAGUUUUUCAUGUGAGUUCCCACAGCCUUGCCACCUUAACUAAAAGUUCUCCCUGUGAGUUGUUGUUGGGGGCUUUGCUAGAGCGACAACCC